AUGACCGAACGACCUUCAACGCCCCCUCCGCAAACGGCGCCCUCCAACCCCGGCGUCCUCCCAAGAGCGCCCCUCACACCAGAGCAAGUCAAGAAUAUAGAAAUCAACCGCCUAAAAGCCAAAGCCCUCCGCACCCAACGCGAAUCCGAAGCCCGCAACAACAGCGACGCCCCCGCCUCCCUCAAACGCUCCUCCAGCAACCUCACCUCCAGCAACCUCGCCGCCGGCCAAAAACGCCCCUACUCCUCCACCACCGCCGGCGUCACUUCCACCCUACGAGAUGCUCGAAGUACCACACCGGCCGCGAAGCCCGGCGGCUUUCGCCCCCUGGACGAGAUCCAGCCGGCGAGGAACUUUACAAAGUUCGUCGAGUAUGACUUCAGUAAGAUGACGGAUACGAAAGGGGGCUUCUUGACGGUGGAAGAUGACCCGCACAACAAAGCGUUGCACGCGUUGAAAGCGGGCGAGAAGCCGGCGCACAUGACGAUGAAGGAGUGGGAGCGCCACCAACUUCUGCGGUCGCUCCGGGAGCAGAAAGCCGGGCCGUUCGAGCCGGGUUUGAGCGUGCUGUCGAAGGGGGCGCGGGAGGGGAGCGACAAAAAAUGCAGGGAGUGCGGGAGCUUGGAGAUCGAUUGGAAGUGGGAAGAGGUGCUGCACUGCGCCGUGUGCAACGCGUGCAAGGAGAAGUUGCCGGAGAAAUACAGCUUGCUGACGAAGACGGAGGCGAGGGAGGAUUAUCUGUUGACGGAUCCGGAACUGAAGGAUGAGGAGUUGCUGCCUCAUCUCGAGCGUCCGAAUCCGCAUAAGAGUACGUGGAAUAAUAUGAUGCUCUAUCUGCGCUAUCAGGUUGAGGAGUACGCUUUCAGCGAUAGGAAGUGGGGUGGUGGGGACAAGUUGGAUGAUGAGUUUGAGAAGAGGGAGGGGGAGAAGAAGAGGAGGAAGGAGGGGAAGUUCAGGGCCAAGUUGCAGGAGUUGAAGAAGAAGACGAGGGUGGAGGCUUAUAGGCGGGGGAGGAGGGGUGAUGGCGGAGGGGAGUUUGGGGACGAGGUGGGGAGGGGUGGGAAACAUACGCAUGUCUGGGGGAGGCCGGUCGAGGGGGAUGAAGGGGUCGGAACGAAGACGUGCGUGGAGUGUGGGAUGGAGGUUGAGGAAUUGGAAUUCUAG